AUGUGUGCUACUAUUGCAGGGCUUGUAUUUGCACCAGGGCUAACGUCUGCAGUUCAGUACAAUCCGGCCACUGUACCUCAGUAUAAUCCAGUUGUUCAAGCGUCUACAGUUUGUAAAUAUACGCAGUGCUCCAGUUCCAACCCAUGUGCCCAGGGAGUAUGCAAUAAUGGUUAUUGCUGUGGUCCUUCAAUCUCUGAAAAUCCAGGCGCUCCAAUUAUGAUGGCACCACCUAAUUGUCCUGGUUGCGCCCCACAAUCUCAACCUAUUGCUGGUUUCAGCCCGAGUUACAAUCCAAGCUAUGGGCCCUCCUACAAUCCUCAAGUAUUAAAUCAACAGCAACAACAAUAUCAAUGCACGCCGGGAUGUCCUCGGGGAUAUUCUGGAUGUUGCGGUACGCAGCAACCAUCAUGUUGUCCGCAACAAAUCUGUCCGGGAGGAAUGCCGUCAACUGGACGCUUCUGCUACAAUACAUGCCCUCUGGGUGAAGUUUGUAUUGCAGGCAUUUGCUGCCCACAGACAAUUGUAAUUAGUUGUUCCGCAUCCGUAUCAAAAAGCUGUCCAUAUGGUUCCGCACCGAAUGGACAGUGCUAUAAUGGAUAUUGUAGAGCUGGAUACCAGUGCAAUCAGCAAUCUGGAAUGUGUUGCCCUGUACCUCAACAGCAAUACGUUUGCCCUAUGGGUGGUAUGCCAUAUGGUCAGUGCGUUACUAAUCGUUGUGCACCAGGAUUGGCUUGCAUUCGAGGAAUAAUCUGUUGUCCUGUUAUGCCAGUAACUACAGCAGCAACAACUACUGCUAAUCCACUUCUUUGCUCCGACGGAACUCAAGCGGCUGGUAUUUGCAUAAAUGGGAUGUGCGGAUUUGGAUACUCGUGCGUCAAAGGUCUUUGUUGCAAUAAAACUUCACAAGCACCUAAAUGUCUUGAUGGAACUGAAGCGGUGGGAGCAUGUAUCAACGGUGCUUGUGGUAAGGGAUACCAAUGCACUACUGGCAAUAUUUGUUGCCCAGCUACAGGAGGACCAGGCAAACGCAUUUCAGUUACAACAACAGUGGCGCCACCCUUCAGUUGCAAAAAUUUGAAUAAUGCCAUCGGGCCAUGCGUGGGAGGUCAGUGCCCUGAUGCAGGAUUCAUGUGUGACUCAUCUGUUAAUACUUGCUGUCCAGUUGUUGAACCGAUAGGCCCAUGCUUGGAACCAGGCAACCUAUGUCCACUUGGAUACAAAUGCUACACCGGUGGAAAUACUCCUGUUUGUUAUUUAACAUGUAAUGGCAAGGGUGCUUCCUUGGGAAAUCCACCUUGUGCUGCAGGAACAGUAGAAACAUUUGGCGAUUGUUGUGCUGCAAAUCGAGUGAUGCAAAAUCCUUACAUUUCAUCAUAUCAACCACCAUAUCAACAGCCGUAUCAACAGUCAUACCAACAGUCAUAUCAGCCCUACAGUAACAUGCGAGGCUACUAUAACGUAAUGCUAGAUGAUCUGUUGAUUAAUUGCGGAAAUAAGAAGUAUAAAUUGAGAAAAUUACUGUUCCUAAAAAGGCACCUUUCAUUAGUCAUGCGAAGUGGAGUUGGCGUCUGCCCAGAUGGUUCAGAAGCUGUAAGUGGAUGCAUCAAUGGGCUUUGCGGUGCUGGUUUUGAAUGCAAUAUGGGCUUAUGUUGCAGACCGAGCCAAUAUAUAGAUUAUGGAGGUUAUAUGCUCCAAGAUUCUGCCAUUUCAAAUGAUGACGCAGGUAUCAAAGCCUUGGCCAAGGGCCACAAAAAUGAGAAGGAAACACAUAAAAGCGAUAAAAUAACGAAAGCUAGGCGAUGA